GCACAUGGUUUAAGAAACCCCUUCAUCAUAAACCCCUCGCUCGCUCCACACUCACACAAACCGAUUAUACGAUCACUUCAGAACCGAAACCUCCAAACAUGGAAAGCGCUACUAAAGUUGGAGCAGCGGCUCAACCCACCUCUGCUUCCCCCUCCUUCGACGGCACGCUCGGCCGCCACUUGGCUCGCCGCCUCGUUGAGAUAGGCGUCAGGGACGUCUUCUCCGUCCCCGGCGACUUCAACUUGACGCUGCUCGACCACCUCAUCGCCGAGCCCAGCCUCAACCUCGUCGGCUGCUGCAACGAACUCAACGCUGGCUAUGCCGCCGACGGCUACGCGCGUGCCAGGGGCGUCGGUGCUUGCGUCGUCACCUUUACCGUCGGUGGACUCAGCGUCCUCAACGCCAUUGCCGGAGCUUACAGCGAGAAUUUACCGGUGAUUUGCGUCGUCGGAGGACCCAAUUCGAACGACUACGGCACCAACCGGAUCCUCCACCACACCAUCGGGUUACCCGAUUUCUCCCAAGAGCUUCGGUGCUUUCAAAGCGUCACGUGUUUUCAGGCAGUGGUGAAUAACUUGGACGACGCGCAUGAACUCAUUGACACUGCGAUUUCUACUGCUUUGAAGGAAAGCAAACCUGUUUAUAUCAGCAUCAGUUGUAAUCUUCCUGGAAUUCCUCAUCCAACUUUUGCUAGGGACCCUGUUCCGUUCUUUCUUUCACCCAAGGCAAGCAAUCAAGAAGGAUUAGAAGCAGCAGUGGAAGCAACUGCUGCUUUACUGAACAAAGCGGUGAAGCCAGUGAUUGUGGGUGGACCAAAAUUAAGGGUUGCGAAGGCACAAAAGGCCUUUAUGGAGUUUGCAGAGGCUAGUGGAUAUCCAAUAGCUGUUAUGCCCUCGGGAAAGGGACUUGUACCAGAGUAUCAUCCUCAUUUCAUUGGUACAUAUUGGGGUGCUGUCAGUACUGGCUAUUGUGGAGAGAUAGUGGAAUCAGCUGAUGCUUAUGUUUUUGUUGGCCCCAUCUUCAAUGACUAUAGCUCCGUUGGAUACUCAUUGCUGAUAAAGAAGGAGAAAGCCAUAAUAGUGCAGCCUAAUCGGGUGACCAUUGGCAAUGGUCCUUCCUUUGGCUGGGUUUUCAUGGCUGAUUUCUUAACUGCAUUGGCCAAAAAGGUUAAAACAAACACCACAGCUCUGGAGAAUUACCGACGUAUCUAUGUCCCUUCCGGUAUUCCUCUGAAACGAGAGCAGGAUGAACCUCUGAGAGUUAAUGUUCUAUUCAAACACAUUCAAGACAUGCUGAGCGGAGAUACUGCUGUAAUAGCUGAAACCGGAGACUCGUGGUUCAACUGUCAGAAGCUCCGUCUGCCUGAGAAUUGCGGGUAUGAAUUCCAGAUGCAGUAUGGAUCCAUUGGUUGGUCAGUUGGCGCUACUCUUGGAUAUGCACAAGCUGCAACAGACAAGCGUGUAAUUGCUUGCAUUGGUGAUGGCAGUUUUCAGGUAACAGCACAGGAUAUUUCAACGAUGAUUCGAUGCGGACAAAAGAGCAUAAUUUUUCUCAUUAACAAUGGAGGUUAUACCAUUGAAGUUGAGAUUCAUGAUGGCCCAUACAAUGUGAUCAAGAAUUGGGACUACACUCGUUUUGUGGAAGCCAUCCAUAAUGGACAAGGCAAAUGCUGGGUUGCCAAGGUACGAACAGAGGAUGAUCUGACAGAAGCAAUUAGAAAAGCUGUUGGAGAAGAGAAAGAAUCACUGUGUUUUAUAGAAGUUUUUGUACACAAGGAUGACACCAGCAAAGAAUUGCUGGAAUGGGGAUCCCGUGUUGCUGCUGCUAACAGCCGUCCUCCAAAUCCCCAAUAGAAAUUUCGUUGCUAAUGCCUUGCUAUGAUCUGUGUAUUUUGUUAAAUAAAUUUUUCCCAGAUCAUAAUUUCAAGAGAAAAGCCUUAACUAUGAAGUUGAAAUAAACUUGUUUCCAGAUUUGUAUAUUGACUCUCCCGCUGUUGUAAACACCAAUUAUUCUUGCGUUAUAAUGAGAUAUUGCGCAAUGGAAUUGUUAACGAAUCAAAGGAGAUAUAACCAUUGUAAGUAAA